CUUGAAGUUGGCAUGAAGUUGUGAUCUUGUUAGGUCGAUAAUUUUUUUUUUGUUUCAAUUUUUUGUGGAUUUUUUAUUUGAUAUAUAUGUUCUUGGGCAUCUAGUUUUUAAUUUGCUUAUUUAGUCUUGCAAUCUAUAAUUCAUUAAUAACUUCUAUUUCUGUAAGAAGCAACAUUCUUAUGCAAGAUUGAAGUAGCAAAAGAAGGCAAUAUAGAAAAACCACAACUUCCAAUUGUUUUACACAAGUGGGAAAUGAGAAUAUGAGAUUGACAUCCACUAAUUAUAAUAUGGCUUAUGUGUGAAAAAUGUUUAAACUGAAAUGAAACAGAAAGAUUGAGAUAUGAUUUGUUGUUCACAGAAGGAAAAGUAAUAAUGGAGAAUGGAUGAAGAGCCAAUCUUUGACUAUUUAACUGCCGAGUUGUGACUGAAAUAACUGACCUAUCCUAGAAUUUGAUUGAAACAGUGUGAUUUUAUCUCCUCCUGUAUGAAGUCUUCUUAGUUAGUGAACAGUUUUACGACUUACCCAAAUGGUUUUGUCUUUUGGAUGCUCAUCUUCCAUGCUGUUCAUGGUGAUUGGUUUUUUGAUUCAUCGAAAUCAAGAUUCUUUUUCACAUGUAGUGACCGACUAAGGGUCUGUUUGUUAGCAACUUAAUAAGCUUAAUAGGACUCGUAUCUUAUUCGCUCAACUAUAUAUGACUGUUUGGUAGUGGCUUAAUGAUAUAAAAAGUGGCUUAUUCUGUAAGCUUAUAGGGAGAGCUUUAUGUAGAAAGCCAAGUUUUUUCCAAACAUUCCCCUCCAAGUUAAAAACACCCUCCUUUCAUCUAGGGAAAAAGGUCUCCCAAACAAAAACCUUCUCAAUCUAUACAAACAGAUUAAUCCACACAGUCAGCUUUAUCCAUGCAUGACUUAGUGAAAAGCCAACCAAAAAAUCCCUAAGUUAUUCUAAAAAUGGUACAUGACAUGGAAAUAGAAUCAAAACAGAUUUACCCCGCUUCUUAUUUCAUAUUUCCUGAUUUUUCAAAAAACCAAAAACAAGUUUUACCUCCUGGUAGUCAAUAUUGGAUCCAGAUACACAAGCAAUGGUUUAUGGAUCUUACUGUAUGUACAGGGGAUAUUUGACAUUUUUGCUGCUAAGUAUCAAGAUGGGACGAAGAGGAGAGAAACGUUCUUGGGACAGAAUCUGGAACGGUAAACAUGGGAUACUUGAUCCUCAGGAUACCAUCUCCAGAUUGCCUGAAAAUGUAUUGCACCAUAUCAUAUCGUUUCUUCCCUCUACAGACAAGGAUCAGCUUCAGUUUCUUUCAAGAAAAUGGAACCGACUUUAUGCUCAAUCUCAGAAGAAGCUCUUUCUGAAGGGGGUCAGAUUAGAUGAACAGAAAUUUUCAAAGAGUUUGGUGGAUGUCUUCCCCUCGGUAGAGGAUCUUAGUCUAGAAUAUUACUCGGGAAUGAAAAAACUGAGACUGGUUAACUACAAGCUGAAAAUUAUUAAGUUGUAUUGUGGAAGCCUCAAGAACCUAGACCUGACCACACCACAUCUUGAAUAUUUUGAGUUCGUUGGAUAUCGGUUCGACCCUUGCAGAAUUGAGCUCGGUAUUUGCAAACAACUGAGGUUUGUGACUUUAGGUGGGGUUGCCAUGGACAACAUGAUGUUUGCUGACUGCAACUCAAGUUUUCCAGUUCUUCAGGCCUUGACCCUUUUUGGCUGUGAUAUGAAGGGUCAUAUAAACAUCUCGAGUAAUUCUCUUGAUCAUUUAUCAUUAUUGAGAUUCAAAAGGCCUGUGGAUGUCACCAUUGAUUGCCCGAACCUACAUUUUUUCGAAUAUAGUGGCAGUCGGAUAGUUCCCUUUUUAGACUUGAACAUGCCCUAUCUCGAAGUAGCUAGAAUUGAGAUAUACUCUGAUUGGAACCAAAAGCAUGAUGAAUUAUGGUAUGGUAGAUUGAUUGAAAUGCUUGGAGAUCUGAAUCAUGCUAACUUGGUGGUGUUCAUCACUGAUUCGGACAAGAUCUUAGUAAUUCCUAAAAGAUAUAGAGAAAUCCUUGUUCCUCCCCUUAAGGGAUUCGUGAAGUUAGUAACAUGGAGUACCUAUAUAUCAAGAUAUUAUGCGGAUCUUAUUAAUUCAUUUCUUUGGCUUUCUCCUGACAUUAUGAGCAUUGCUGCUCAAUGCCGAAGUACAGCUGAUGCAUUCAGAAAUCGCGACUACACUACUUGACAAUCCAUGCUGCUUCUGCACCUUGCAUCUUUCAAGAUGUUGGACCAUUUCGCAUUGAGGUUUAGUUGAAAUCAUACUAAGGAUGAGAUGCUAUUGAACUGAUUUUAUAUCGAAUUUGUCACAUUUCUUGUAGUAACUUAUGCUUGGUUCAUUUGUUUUGGUUUUUAACUAUAACCUAUGGUGAAAACAUGUCAAAAUGCUAUGUGGGAUGUUUUGAAUUGUCGUUAAAACAAAGGGAAUGAUGUUUUAAUGUUAUGUUGGAUGUUUUGAAUCGUCAUUAAAACGAAGGGAAUGAAAAUCAUUCGCCUAGUAAUCUUAUUACAGACAGCAUCUUAUAGGU